CUCUCUCUCUCUUUCUCUGUCCCUCUGUCUGCCUUUUCCAUACACACGUGCACUCUCACUCGAUCUUUCCUUCUCUCCGUCUGUCUCGGUACGUUCGCCUCGCCGUUCGCUAGCUCGCUCGUUCGUUCGUUCAUUCGUUUCGCGCCUCGUCGGCGAAGUCACGUCACGAAACUGUACAUAGGUCACGUCCUGGAGAAACGGCUCACCCAGUGAACAGUUGAACGGAUCAACGGCAAAUCUCUUUGCGCCCGACUGGAGGACGAGUGUUGAUCGCGAUCGGUCGAAAAAAAAAGGCAGAGAUGAUCGCGAGUGCCCGGUGACGAUAUAUAAAAUUGUCGAUAGUAAUCGCAGAGAAAGUAUAUAUCGAUAUUGUCAAGAGAGUGACGAUAUAAAUCGGAUAGCACGUACUGAUUCGUCGAGGACUAUUUUGUUCUUGACGCCAGCUGUUCUACGGAAGCAAGACCAAGAAAGGCGAACGAGGGAGAGAAGAAGAGUGUCUAGUGCAGACAUGUGGCUCAAAAGCGUGUUUUUAAUAUAUGGCGUCAUUGCGUGCACGUUAGCUGACAGUCCAUCGGAUAUCGUACAGAUAUCCGGUGACAAUUUGAUUCGAGCAAAACAUAUCGAGGCAACAACGUAUCAGCCUCCUCGAGCUGUUAAAAUUGAAGAAUUUGUGACAUCACACAAAUUACCGGGAAAUAUAGCAAGACCAUCGGACGAUGAUGAUGAAUAUUUUGACGAGAAAAAAGUUGCGCUUAAAGACAAUAAAUACACUAAAAAAGUCAUUCAAAAAUUCGAGAAUAAUGAAAAAAAAGCUAUACUCGAACCUGCCCGACGUUUAGACUCGACCGCGGAUGAUGACUUGGAAAUUCUUACUGCUAAAAGGCUAGCACGUGUGGAGCUCGAAAAUUUUAGCGAUUCUGGAAAGGUUUUGCAGGACGAAAAAAUAAAGAAAGUAGACUCUAAAAGGCCAACGUUAAGCGAACAGGACGAGGUUAUUCCGGGAGUUUACGUCAGCGCAGAAUAUCCAACAACUAUGCUACCUGUUCUAACAACCCCGCGUGAAGCACGUGAUAAGGACACCCCUUUCGACUUUGUACCCGUAAACAUUAUUCGCGAAGAUAGCAAAGAUAGUUAUGCGCAUUUUUCGGAUGCAAACUUUGGAGACUUGAGUGACGUGAGUCUGGUACCGGCUGGUACGAAUUCUCGUAUUCAGGUGAAGAAAGGACCGAAUGGCAAGGACUAUGAAUACGAAUAUGUGUAUUAUUAUUACGACGAGGAAGAUGAAAACAAAGCAGGUACGGCAGGUUCAACUGUGACGAAUUCUUACGACAUUCCUUCCAGAACAACCUCGGCGCCUAGAAGAGGAGGCAUUGCCAGCAACAGAAGUAAAUACAAUACCGUAGAGAGAUCGAGUACCGUGGAGCCUAGCAACAACGAGGUCAUACCGAAUAAAAAUGGCAAUAGAGGCAGACAAUUGGUUGAAACCGAAGACGUUGUCUCCGAGGAAAGGCUGCCCGCAAACACACGUUUUCCACCAAGAUCGCGAUCGAAUCACAAUACAGGCACCACGGAAUCUUCACGAGCCCGUAGUAAUCGACCGCGUCCAGGUCUGGAUCUGGUUGAUUCCAGCAGCUUCCGGACUCAUCAGGAAGGUCCUGAAUUUCCGCAAACUUUGCCAAAGGGACCCGUUAGAUUCUUAGGCGUUACCCCUAAUGAGAACAACGAAGAGAAACUAUUAAUUAGAAACCGUGGCAGACCACAGAGGAUUCAAGACCCCGCUCCUGUCGAAGAAACGAUCGACGAUGUACCGGCACCUGCUAUUAAAAGACGUCCAAGCACCACGGCAGUACCUCAAACGGAAGUUGAACUGAGCAGGGGUCAACCGCCACGUCCUGAUGAGGAAGACGACAAAGAGAACGCCGCACCAGAGGGACCUGGCAACAAACACAUAUCUGUAGAAGACAAAAUGCAAGAGUCGAGCGAAACGGACUCUUCCGGUACUAUCCUUGAUACUACGGAUAAUCCAACGACGGAAAAUCCGUCGAUCAUGGACAAGAUUGCUUUGGAUCUUUACGCCUUCCUGCAACAGGGACAAAACAAUUUGGUAGACGCGUUCAACAGCGAAUCUGGCGAAACACAAGACAACACGACGAUACCCGACGACGAGAUCACAACCGAUCUAGCGACAACGACGGAACUUGCAGCCACUACAAUCGUUGCCGAUUCUAUUAAUACCACGACGUCAACAACUACGACAACGACGACGGAACCGACAACCACAUCGACCACGACCACAGAACCAUCGACUACCACCACUCAAACUCCCGCAGGAAGAGGGAAAUUCCGACGACCUGGACUCGGUGGUCCGGUUGUCUCCAGAAAUCGCUUCAAAUCCAACGGUGGCACUAGUACGAGCACCGAGGCGACCGCAUCAGAACCGACCCAGAAAAGCAGAGGACGUUUCGGAAAUGGCAGUUCGAAUGGCAACGGAUUCAAGCGACCUCGACCAGGCGGUAACCACAAACCUAUCGAAGAGGAUACCAUACAGAAGGAGACUUCCAGCUCGGUGAACGCGGAGAAACCAGUGUCCGGUCGCGGUAGAUUCCGCGCGCCUUCCGGCGGCAGAAUCGCUGUGUCGACGACGACGAUAUCAACGCCAUCGAACAGCGGCGCCCCGGCGAUAUCAAACGGUGCCGCCGCGGCUCGACCUGCCUUCAACAAGCUGAAUAUCAAUCGAAGACGCGGACGACCGACCACGAGUGCGCCAGGAGGCGAGAAUUCCCAGGAGGCGCCGCAUUCCGAAACCGGCGCUCAGACCGUCAGCCAAAUCGCGCCGGAAGCUACGACGAGCACCCCGAAGAACGCUGUGCGCGCACGACUUCCCGGUGCGCCUGUAAUCAGACCAUCCGCCAUCAGGCCAUCGGGUGGCAGAGUCAAUUUGAGACAGAAACCGGGACAGGUGACUACCACGACAACGCUCGCGUCGGAAGCCGCCGAAGCUGCCGUCGAAGAGCCGGCCGGAGAGGGAACCGAGGAGGAGACACACGAGGCACCAGCGGAAACCAGCCUGCCGCCGGCGCGUUCGACCACACCGAAUCCUCUGAACAAAUUGCGAAACCGUAAUCGACUACAAGUGCAUCCGAAAACGACGACAAAGUCGCCGGUGCCGCCAGCGAUCAGAAGAUCACCGCUACUACCGCGACGCAAGGUGACCGAGGCCGCGCCGGCACCUCAGACGAGCCAGGAGGAUACAUCCUCCGAAGAGGAGGUCACUUCCAUCAGUGAGACAGAGCCGACCUCCGAGGCGACCUCCGUCGAGAUCAACACGACAGCUAGCACGAAGCAUGACGAGACACGCGGUCUAGGCGGUCUCCUGGCACCUCGACGUAGGAUACCGGCGCGACGUCCGGGUCAGAUAGUUCAGGUCCAGGCCUAGAUCGCAUAAUCGCAUACAAAUAAAGAAUAAUCGCGUCUUGGACCACGAGAUCAAGAUUCAUUCGUCUGCGAGGAUAUGGACGAUUUCCAUGACCUAUCAAAAGGAAUAUAGAUUAGAUAUCCCGUGGAGAUGGAGACACAUCGAAUAUCGCGCUCUCGGAAAGACAGAUAUUUAAUUUUUUAUAACGUUUUUUCUCUGACAUAUUUUUUCUGAUCAACAAGACAGACAUCAAGCGUGUUGGAAUAAAGAUGGCAGAUGUAUAUAGCAUCUUUUACAAUCGCGUCUUUUAACAAAUCAAAUUUAUAAUACCAGUUUUUAUCGCAUUUAUAUUAACAAGAUGUUCAUCACGAUUUUUAAGGAUACGUGAUGAUAUUAUUAUAUGAUAAUAUAGCAUGAUGACAUAUUGUGUUAAUAGUGUAAUCUGAAAUAUGAAAAGAUAUAAGAUAUUAUCAAAAUAUCAUUAAAAUACUCUCCAAAUAUUUUAUAUUUAAUAAUAAUAUAAUCUAAUUGUAAAUUCAAUUAUUAUUACACUAAUUACUGCAUUAUAUGAUUUUUAAACACAAUACAUCACCUACGCGUAUAGAAAUUACAAUCAUAAUUAUAAUCCAACACAAUAACGAGACAAAUAAGUGUUUCCAAGUCUCUUGAUAGAUAUUGCGAUAACUGUAUUGUAACUGUAUUGUAUAUUUAAUUUGGCGAGUUUUUUAUUUAAUAAUUAGCGUGCAUUUAUAAAGUUAUCGAAGUACUAUUUUAACGUAAUAUAUGCAUCUAUAUAUGCAUAUGAAUAAUAUCCUCUUGGGGAUGUAUUUUUAAGACUACUACUGUGUAAUGUUCCAAGAUACACUGUAAAUAUUGCAAUUAAACAUAUAUAAAGUUAAU